AGUCUGUGCAGAGAAAGGAGGAAAACUCAGAGGGAAGUGGCCUCUUACCAAACCCUUUUACGUUCUCAGUACUGGCCAGCGUGAAACUGCCACUCCGGGGAAGAGGCGCCCAGGCCCAGAACUCCCUCCUGUGUGAGGCUGUGCUGUGUGCGAGGUCUCUGUGCAGAUCCGUCUUGCUGUUUGGCACUCCGGGCUACCUCUCAGAGCCCGACUCUGAAGAGCUGAAGGACUCUGAAGCCACUCAUGAAUCCCCGGAAGAAAGUGGACUUGAAACUUAUCAUCGUUGGCGCACUCGGUGUGGGGAAGACCUCUCUCCUUCAUCAAUAUGUACACAAAACAUUUUUUGAAGAAUACCAGACCACACUGGGGGCCAGCAUCCUCUCCAAAAUUAUCAUCCUGGACGACACCACUUUGAAGCUCCAGAUCUGGGACACAGGCGGCCAAGAGCGGUUCCGCUCCAUGGUGUCAACAUUCUACAAAGGUUCUGAUGGCUGUAUCCUGGCAUUCGAUGUCACGGAUCCAGAGUCCUUUGAAGCCCUGGGUAUCUGGAGGGAUGACGUCCUGGCAAAGAUCAUCCCCAUGGAGCAGUCGUAUCCCAUGGUGGUGCUUGGGAACAAAAUCGAUCUGGAAGACAGGAAGGUCCCCCAGGAGGUGGUCCGUGGAUGGUGUAAAGAGAAGGACAUGCCUUACUUUGAAGUUAGUGCCAAGAAUGACAUCAAUGUGGUACAGGCCUUUGAGGUUCUGGCCAGCCGGGCUCUGUUGAGGUACCAAGGCACCGUGGAGAAUCACCUUGUGGAAUCCAUCAAGCUCUCACCUGGACAGCCAAAGAGCAGAUGCUGCUGACUCCUGGACUCUGACCCUCGCCGGCAGCUGUGCAGGCCGCUCAUUCCAAACUCAACCCCACCAGACCCCUGCAUGCCCCUGCCGAGCUAGGAGGCUGCAGCAGGAGAGCAUGCCAGAGGCAAAUCCUGGCCCGAGAGAAAGCACGGGGGUCUCCACGGCUCCAGCUCUUCUGCCUCCUCUCCCCUGACACAGUCCUGCUCACCUCUGCAGACAGGCUGCUCCUGUGAGCCCUGUGGGCCUAUAGCUUUGGAGGCGGUGCAGCUCUGCCUCCCUCAGUGGCCAGGCUGAGGAGCCAGGACGUGAACUACUCCUGACAGGCAGAAGCCAACGGGCCUGAGAUUUCCCUCGGCUUCUUCCAGGAAGAACUGAGGACACAAGACAAAAGUUGUUGCUCCUGCCUCCUGGGUUCUCGAACAGCUCCCAUAACUGACCAGGCUCAGUGUGCCCGCCUGGCAGAUGAGCAGUCCCACUGAGGUCUGAGGACCAGAAGAUCCGUUUAAGUCACACUUGCUACUGCUGUGGGCACACACGUUUACGCCUUCAGCGAGUAUUUUUGAUGCCUUCUACGUACAUUGCACUGAGGACUGGUAACACACCAACAGACAGGAGUCCUGAUCUCCCAAUGGCACAUCUGGAGAAAGAGACAGACACAGCAAUGAGGUGCUGUUUUAGACAAAGGGUCCCUGAGGGCUUUCCUGUGGAGGUGACAAUUCGACUGACAGCUACAUUAUGAGCUACAGAAGAUCGUGUCAGGAGAGGGGGCAGCGAGGCCAGGCCUGAGGCGAUGGACAGCAUGCUAUGUCCCACAUGAAAGCUCUUUACCUGAGGCCUCAAAGCUGCUGUCCUAUGGGAAAGGCCUGGGAAAUCCGGUCCCGGGAGGGCACCGUGAUUGUUUAGUGACUGGCCACCAGGGGGCAGAAGUGUCCUCUGCCUCCAGGCUGCUGCGUUUGCUCUGAGGUCACUUGUAAAGAUGGUUGUUUCUGUCAAGUGGACUGUUGAUGCUCACUCCCAGGUUCUGGGAGAGUCAAACCUGGGUUUGUUGGGUAAGACUUCAAAUUUCCUGGGUAAAAACUUCAGGAUCCUUGAUUUAGGCAACAAAUCAAAAUCAGAGACAAACCCCAGACUGAGGUACCUGAAGAACACAUGGAUUCUGUGUCCCGUACUUUUCAAGGCUAUGACCUGCCUUUUCUUCUGAUGUCACACAGCACAGAUAGGGUGGCCCAGUCUGAAGGAGGUGGACAGGAUGAGCUUUCAGGGUCUUCCAUGGUCAGUUCAUGACUUAUGCCUACCACAGACAUUUCCUGUCUCCUGAGUCCUAGGCAGGUCUGAGGUGUCAGUCUGAAACUGUAGGAAGAACUGCUUGACUCCAAAGACUCACUGAGAGGCAGGUGACACUAACCAGGGGACUCAAGGGCCCAGUCUGCGCCUGCCUAGCUCUGGAGUAGAAAGCAGACCACCAUGGGCAGCAGUCACAGGAGCAGAGUGCACCCCAAGCACACCACCAUGUGUAUCCUCCAGAGAUGAACGUUAUCCCCCAUCUCUCCCUCACACACACACCACACACACAGACACACCACACACACCACACACACACAGACACACAGACACACACCACACACACACACA